AUGACUGCGGAAUCUAGCCAAACCCAACCCUCUUACGAAUCUGGCGAAGGAAUCGCCACUCUGCGUCGUCUACUCAAUGGGCUGCAUCGCCCUCGGGCAGGUCUGCGUUCCGAGUUUUUCUUUGAGGUGUAUGGGGUACAAUCAUUGGGUCCCGCUUGGAUUUCUCGGGUCCCUUCAGUGGUGGAAAGCAACAUGCCUAGAGAUAACUGGUUUUCCCCAAAUCCCUACUCGGCUAAGUCGGGCAUCUCUUCCUCCAAAUGGUCAUCAUAUCGUCGAGGCUUUCCUCUGAUGAACGAUCCUGCCUGGGCUCAAUGGAUUGAUGAUUUGGAGCCUACUUUUAAGAGGAAAUGGAUGAGUAAUGGUAUUUAUGAGUUAAUCAUGCUUUCGAAGACCUCUAUUAUUCCCAAGCCCAAACUGCUUGUUUCUGCCCUCAUUUUCUGGAAUUUGGGCACGAAUACUUUUGACUUCCGUAUGGGCCCCAUGUCUCCCACCAUUCUUGACAUGGCUCAGUUUUUCGGCUUAAGGCCCUCAGGCAGGAUAGUGGACGUCACUCAAGACUGGGUUCCGUCCUCUACCACUGGAAGCUCAAGUUCAUCUGCUGCAUUCCUCUCUUUGAACUAUAACUCUGCAACUUUCAAGAGUUAUAGGACCUCCUUCAAAGGAUUCAUCCCUUUCGUAAAGGAGAAUUUUGGGAUGGGCUCACCUCGGGUUGAUAAAGAUCAGGAGCACAUGUAUUUCCUCUUAUACUGGCUCAACAAGCACAUCUUCCCCAACAAAUCUAAAGGGGUGAGGGCUGAAUGGAUCCCCUUAGUAGAAGCUCUUCACAACUUUGAUGACGUAGCUACAGGUCCAUUCCUCCUUUCCUAUCUUUAUCAUCUUCUUUUCGAAAUGACUAAAGGCGAGCCAUUUGAGACUAACUUGAAUGAACCUAUAUGGAUGAUACAAACUUGGCUUCAAUGGUACUUUCUGGAAUUUCAGGCUGCUAAUCUGGAGUUCCUGGAGGGUGUGGCCCCUGCCCGAAUCCUGGCUGAAGCUGCCCCCAUAGAUCAUUCCACCUUUGCCUGCUUUUAUUUCUUCAGAGUCUGUAGGACUCGAUCAGAUUUAGAAUGGGGUGCGUCGGUCUUGAGAAGAUAUCCUUGGUUUUCUGACCAAGUCUUUCAAGAUGCCCCUGGCGAGGAUGCUACCCCCUUUUGCAGGGAUAAAUUUAUUAGUUGCAUUCAACCGAGAAACCUGGCCUCGGGAGUUCGGGGCAAUAGAUAUGACCGAGGCUUGGAAGUGUACCAUCCUAACUUUUGCAGCAGGCAGUUAGGAUUUAGACAGGCCAUUCCUGUCCCGUUCUUCGACUCUGUCCAUUGUGGCACUUCAUUCCGGUUACCAACUCCAUCUGAAGUGACAUUCCGAGUUGCCCGACGCAGUCUUGACGUAAUGAGUCAAGCGGCCCGAAAGUCCAUCAUUCUCAAUUUUGAGUGCACCUCGCUCUUCUCUUCUUGGUGGGAAGACAAAUGGAUUAAGAAGUAUGAAGGAGAUUUGAAAGAGACUCACGAUCACCUUUUCAACCAACUUUCACUUAAGUCAUACCCUGGCUCGGGCGAACUUGAAAAUUGGAAGGAGAUGAUCCAAGAGAAGAAUCGGUCUCUUCUGAUAGCUCUAGUGGAUGUUGAAUCGGAAGUCAUUGAAUCCGAGGAUGACUCUGCUGAUGCUGCAAUUCUUCAUAGAGCUGCCGCAGAGGUUGGGAGACGAGAAGCUGGGGAGGGUGCAGAGGUUUCAGAAUCCUUUGGGGAUUCAGGAGCUGAAGAAACACCCGAGGCACUUAUUAAAGCACCCUAA